CCAACUUACUACUAACCACGACUAACCUAGCUAACUAACUAACCAGGUCGAUAGAUUACUUAGCCACUAGCCUACUCACCACUAACCUGUUCUUUCCCUGACGAUGCUAGACAUACAUGCGUUCGGCAUCUCGGACGAUAGGCAUCCAAUUGCCCAGAAAAAUCUCCGAUGUGCAUACAUAACUCCCAAUCCCAAGAAAGCAGCGCGCCUGGUCAACGCAAGCUCUGGCCACGCAUGCUUUCUGCCAGUGGCCUGCCUGCUCAAACGGCUGCUCUCGGCUCGGCUUCAUGGAGGGGGAUUAAUUUCAAUCGCGACAUUUUCCAAGCGAAUCGCAACCGUAGCUGCCACAGGCGCAGAUGAUGAUUGCACGACCAUGUUAGCCUUACGAGAUAGCCAAGAACCGGGCAGCGACUCGAUCAGCCGGCUUUCAUUAACGAUGCUGGUUUACUCAUGGCUCACCCUCCUUUAUUAUUUCUGUUGUCUCUUCACCCACACACCCUCCUUCCUUCCCGCGGGCCACCGCUACUAUACGGAAGCAUCACUAGUCUACUAACAUCCAUCCAUCCACCCCGGUCCCUCGUAAGCCUGAAAUAACCCAAUAAGUCGGUGAGUGCUCGUCACUGGGCCACUUCAUUCCCCUCCUUCCUAGAGGUGCUUUUUUAUUUUCUGGCCAAGAAUAGUUCUUGCUUCCCCUCCAAGUUAUCCCGUUAGCAGCGCGCCGGGUAAGCGUGGAUUUUCCUGGGCGCGUCUUUCUACCCACCCCCCUUGCAGGUCCCCGGCUUCGAUACGGUCUGGAUUCUGGAAUAGGCUACUGCAGAGGCUGCUGUGGAUGGAUGGAAUCGACAGCCUGA